GGAAGUUCAAAGGUUAUCAGGAAGAGCCCAUCAUUAGUUGAAAAACACGUUUAGCACUUUAUUUCAAUAACUUUUGCAAUUUCUUUGGUUUUAGCCUGCACAAGACGCUGCGAUGUCGUCCUACACGUGCAUCAGCUGCCGCGUGGUGUUCUCUGACGGCGAGGUGCAGCGUGCCCACUACAAGAGUGACUGGCACCGCUACAACCUAAAGCGCAAGGUCGCCGACAUGCCACCCGUCAGCGCCGCCAACUUCCAGGACCGCGUCCUGUUGCAGCGCACAGCUGCCGAGCGCCACCCGAGCGGCGUUGGCGAAGUCUGCGCCGUCUGCAACAAAAAGUUCUGUAGCGCCAACGCCUUCCGCAACCACCUGCAGUCACAGCGCCACCAGCAGUCCGAACGCCACGCCCUGCAGGCCGCUCGGCAACAGGUGGAUAAGCUGAACCAAAAGAACCUGGAGAAAGGGCUCAGCAGCAAAGACAAAGAGGACAGAGACGCCAGGAACGAGGCUCUGCGGCAGGCCUUCAAGGAACAGUGCCGGACAGGCCAGAAGGAGGUGCCGGUGAGGAGCAAGGCGCAGAAGGCGGAAAAACCUCCGCGACUCGUGUGGCUGGAGGAGCAGGCCAAGCGGAGAGAGCGGGAGGAAGGGGCUACUGCUGAGGAAGAGGAGUGGGAGGACGUGGACGAAGAUGAUGAUGAUGACGAUGAGGACAUGGAGGAGGAGGAUGAAGAUGAGCCCACAGAGGCAAAGGAAGGAGACCCAACUGCUUCGUCCGACCCGCAGCAGCCCGCCAUCGCCAUCCUGGCUGGUUCGAUUCCCGUCACCGACUGUCUGUUCUGCUCGCAUCAUUCCAAGUCGCUGCUGCGGAACGUCGCCCACAUGACGCACGUUCACAGCUUCUUCAUCCCGGAUCUUCAGUACCUGGUGGACCUCAGGGGUCUGGUGCGCUACCUCGGCGAGAAGGUGGGCGCGGGGAACGUGUGCCUGUGGUGCAAUGAGAAGGGGCGCUCUUUUUACUCCACGGAAGCCGUGCAGGGUCACAUGACAGACAAAAGUCACUGCAAGCUCUACACAGACGGGGACGCCGCGCUUGAGUUCGCAGACUUCUACGACUUCAGGAGCAGCUACCCAGAAAGAGGGGCUGAUGACAUGGACGACGAGGAGCUUCCUGACGACAAGAACUUUCAAUAUGACGACGAGACAAUGGAGCUCACACUUCCGUCAGGCUCCAGGAUCGGCCAUCGGUCCCUCAUGCGGUACUACAAGCAGCGCUUUGGAAACGAGAGGGCGCUGGUCCUGAGCCACAACAGGAACGCGGUGGGACGCGUGUUGCGUCAAUACAAAGCGCUUGGAUGGGCCGGCGACGCAGGCCUCGGUAGCGUGCAUCGUGCUCAUCGUGACAUGCAGUACGUGCAGAUGAUGAAGUCCAAGUGGAUGCUGAAGAUGGGAUUGAGUCACAACGCCACCAAGCAGAAACACUUCCGCCCACAAGUCAUCUUCUGAGGAUGGCCAAAAACACCAGGCUUGAACUUGAAACUGUUUGGAGCCACAGAAGCAAUCAAGUGUAGAAAUUGACCGCUUUCAUGUUAUUCGAUGACCUAAACUUAGUACAGUGCCGCCUUGAGAUACAAGUGACCCGACCGAGUCAUACAUUCUUCAUCGUCUGCGAAGGACGACUAAUAAUAUUGCAACUUACUGAGAAGCUAUGACUUCUCCAUGUCUGUCUUCUACUGCCCCCAGCUGGCCAAUGUGGGCACACCAGAAGGAACAGCACCAUGUCCAUUGAAUUGAAGCAAAAAGUGUGACAAAAACGGUUUAAUUCUUUACAUUCUUUUAAAUUGUAAUUACUGUAUGUUUUUGUAAAGUACAAUAUUUAGUGUGUGUGUCCCCCCCUCAUACAUUACAAUUUUUGUUUUUUUUGGGGGAGGCUGGAAUGGAUUGGCAUUUCCAUUGAUUUCAGUGGGGAAGUUUUUGAGUUAAGAGUGUGGUCACGCAAAUCAAUUAACUUGUAUCUCAAGGCGUCACUAUUUUUUUUCAUUAGGGAACAAAAAUAUUUUUACUGUAGCAUUACGGGGGGGGGGGCGGGGGGGGGGGUCCAAUUUGCGACGUUUCCGACUACUCCAAAAGUUUGACUUUGAUUGAUUUGAUUUCGGGGUGAUCAAAAGAAAAAUUCUCACUUUUCACUGCUGCAAGAUAACGUCAACACACUACUUUUAUAUUAAUAAAAUAAUAAUCGUCUCAUCAAACUAUGUAAUCUGCCUGACAUUUGAUUAUUCUCAUUUUGAUGGCUAGUUUUGUCCGUCAGUUGGACACCUGUAGACUGGACGUACAAAUUAAGGUUAUGUCAUACACCAGCUAGACCCUGGAAUAAUAAUAAUAAUGACGCAGUAAAUGUGUUGUCUGGAUGAUUGUCCUAAUAAAAGCUGGUAAUGCAACAGAAA